CAGUGCCACACACCCCAGUGCCACAUACGCCAGUGUCACACACGCCAGUGUCACACACGCCAGUGUCACACACGCCAGUGUCACACACGCCAGUGUCACACACGCCAGUGCCACACACGCCAGUGCAACAUACGCCAGUACCGCACACAACUGCUUCUAGCAUACCCACGACACACUCGCUCGCAUCACACACUCCCUCUCACACUCCCACUCCACUAGCACCUCAUACGGUCAACACCUCCCACACGACUGUUGCUCCCACCACCCCAACUAUUACCCCAACAACUACCCCCACGCCCCACCUCCCACAUCCAUCCACACCAGCGCAUCAUCCACCUCAGGCGGCCCCCACCACACCGGCGUCUGCACAGGUUUCAAGACAGCCUUCAGUUCAUGUACCGCAUUCAUCACCACACUACCUCUCUCAUCCUGUAGCCUCAUCUACUACCACCACCACCACCACUACAACCACAACUACUACAUCAGCUACUACCACAACAUCAACCAGUGUAUCUCAUAAUCACAUAGUAGGCAGCACUGGUCGUGUUAGCAAUGGACCAGUGGCAGGGGGAGGCGGGGGAGGCCAGGGGAUGGGCCCAGGGGUAGGCAAGUACAGUGUGAGUGCCUUGGUGUCUCCAACUCCUCAGCACAACCAUACUCUCUACAAUAACGUUAACAUAAAAUCAAGCCCAGUAGCGUCACCACGUAGUCACGUUCGAUCUCCACAUCCAUCCCCCAUUGGUGCUACUCCUACAGCAGUAAAACCUCCAACCCCUGGUGCACCCAGUGGUCCAGUGCCUGCACCUCCACCAGGCUCAGGCCCGGGUCCGUUAGGCACUCUUCCCUAUGGAGUGAAAACCGAACCAGGCGAAGCGCCCCGACCAAACCCAGUAAAGACCUAUUCCAACACUCCUCACUCAGUGCCAACCACAGCGUCGGUCAAGGUUGAGCCAGGUUAUCCCCGUUCUACACCACCCAGUGCCACCAAGGUAACCACACCACAUCUUCAGCCGGUCAUCCCCCCAUCUGCAAGACACUCGCCGAGAGCGCACGAACCACACAUCUCACCUUUCAGUUCAGCAAACACCGUAGUGAGUAGUGCCCAGACGAUUCCUUCACUAUCGCGGCCCUGGCCAAGCCCAGUAUCAAGCUUGCCAUCUACCAGUUCUGCCAGAUUGUCUCUGAACCGGCCUCCGCUGCCCCUGCCGUCGUUCUCCCUGGCACCACCUCCAGUCUCGGCUCCCCUGCCGCCCACGGGCAUGUUCGCACCGCCGCUUCCUCCAUCGCAGCAGCUUACCUCCUCUCCACUCCUCCCUCCCUCUCACAUCACCUCAGACCCUCUAGGCCAAGCAGAUCUUCUGCGUAGGGAGUUAGAUUCCAGGUUUUUGGCUCAGCAAGAAAGAAGCUUAGGCUUAGGGCCUGGUUUAGGAAGCCUGACUGCUCCCCCAGCCUUCUUGCGCACUGAAAUGCACCAUCACCAACACCAGCAUACGCAUGUCCAUCAACACCUGCUGCAGCACAUGGGGCCGCCUCCUCCACUUCCUCCUCCUGGGACAUCAGGGCUCUUCUCCCAUUCAGCAACACCCUCCUUGUUUAAGGAGGUGAACAAAGUUGGACUGGAAAGUAGUCUGUACCAGCCGGGUGGCAGCCUCGGGAGUAGCUAUCCUCCAGGGCUGACCCCAAUCGUUCAUCCCCCUACCUCAACCUUUGCGCCUCCCUCUCAUCUGUCGUCUGUUCCUCCCAAGAUAGGAGAACCAAGCCAACGGAAACCAGUGGAAGGAAGCAAGUGCUGCCUUGGCCAUGGAACCAUUAAAAUCCCCCCAUACCAUCAUCAUCACCAUCUGCAUGCUUCAUGGUCUUCUUUCUGUCCUGAGUGUUGUACUGUGAGACACUUCCAGGCUGAGAAGACGGGUCGCUGGAAUGCAAUGCAUGUGCGCAUUGCCUGGGAGAUCUACUAUCAUCAGCAGAAGCAGACUCCAGAGAAACCUGGUGCUAAGCUCGGAGGCCCUGACCUGUUGCGUCCUCCGCCGGGCCCAGGUGUGGGCAGCACGGCUGGAGCGCCCAUUUUCCCAACUUUACCCAGACCCCCAGAUUUAGGGCCGUCUAUAUUAGCUGGACCAGGUCCAUCGCACCGGUUUGAGUCCCCUCUCCUCGGUCAUCACCUGACGCCCUCUGUGCCUGGACUUGGAGGAAUGCGAUAUCCUGGAGGGGCACCUCCAGGGCCAUCCGCACCACCGCCAUCAGGAUUCCACCAUGUAGGAGUAACGCCCACAUCCAUACCAGGACCUCCCCCUGGGUCCAUGUUUUCCAGGGAGUCCCUACCGCCAGGGUUAACUGUGCCACAGCCGACUCCUCAUGAUGCUUGGAGGCAUCGUCUUUAUACACACAGGAUAAGGGCACCCACACCAUACGGGCCAACGCCUGGUCCUUGGCCUGUGAAGCCUGAUGCUGCCAUGUACGAGAGAGAGCGGAGAGAAGAGGAGAGACAAAAUCGAGAAAGAGAAGAACGAGAAAGAAGAGAGCGGGAAGAACGAGACAGAAGAGAACGGGAAGAGCGAGAAAGAAGAGAAAGAGAAGAGAGAGAGAGACGGGAGAGGGAGGAGCGAGAGCGGGAGCGAGAGCGAGAGAGACGGGCUGAGCAUGAAAAGGAUCGGGCAGUUCGUACCUUGGAAACUAGUCAUGAUCGUAGUAUACCGCGCCGCGACGGCUCACGGUCGCCACUCCGCCCCGAUCACAAGGACCGGCCGUCGUCGCACCCCUCGGCGCCAGGCUCCAGCCAGCCCCCCUUGGGCAUGAUGCCCUCCUCCAGCAUGAAGGGCGACGGCCGGCCCGACUCGCGUCCGGGCUCGAGGCCAGGCUCCAGAACUUUAGACCCUCGUGUGAAGUUAGAAUCAAAGGAUGAGGUGAUGAUAGUUGGUGGAAAGGAGGCGCCUCCCCGCCAGUUAUCACACGGAGUACCGCCGCCCUCAGUGUUACCGCCCCCUGUGUCUGUGGGCUUGUUGCCUCCGCACUCCAUUGCCAUGAGCAUGGCCACGACCUCGGCCAAUUCUGCCCUGGAUCGAGCGCGACUCCUGGGUGCGCCAGGGUAUGGCGGUGGAGGGCCGCAUUUGGGUCCUUGGGGAGAUCCAUUCCGAGAUCCGUACCGGUCGGCCCAAGAGAUCUCUGUGGCCCGAGUGCACGAUCUGGGAUUACUAAGGGAUCCGCUGAGAGAGAGAAUGAACUUCGCUGCUGCUGCUCGAGAGGAGCAGAUGUUGCACUCCAACCCCUUGUCAUCAUUAAUUCUCAGUGAGCGGUACAGAGAGCAACAGCAGCAGCAGCAGCAGGCAGCAGUGGCGCGAGACCUGUUUGAACGCAGCCAUUUAGCCGGCGUCCCCCCAGGGAGCAUGUAUCCGCCAACGUCAGCGCUACUUCCUCCGCAUCCCUCAGUUUCUCACAUGGCGCCGUCAUUACUAAAAGGUGGCUCGCCUCUGGGCCCUGGCCCACCCGGAGGACCCCACGGCUUACAUCCACCUGGUUUAGGAUCUCUCCACGGGCCCGGACACCCAGGAGGUCCCCCAGGCCACCCGCAGCCUCCCCCACUGGCACCUGGUUUACCUCCACCUCUCAUCCCUUCCAUGCGUGGGUCGUCUCCGGCGCACCCACGGCCCCCGGAUAAAAAAGAUGACCCACGCUGACUCUAGUCAUCCCCGGUCAUGUUCGGUUUCAGGUGGUGCUCAGCAGAUGUACAUUUUCGGCUUAUUAUAGUCUGAAUGAUUGCUGAGUCAGUUACUACUGCUAUUACUGCUGCUGCUGCUAUUAUUGAAUAGAAGCACAUGUAUUAUGGAUGGUGGAGGGCACGGCGGCCCUUAAGACUGCACUACAGCUCACAGGGUUGGCUGCAGUCAACAUGUCUUUCAUGAUGAUCAGGCUGUGGAUUGUAACACAAGUUUUGUACCAUACUUGUACAGUACGGUGGUUCAGAGCCACCUUAUUCAAUGUCCUUUUAUUUGACAUUUUGUAGAUAUUCAUUGUUUUCUUAAAGUAUUUUGUAGAAAAAUAAAUUAAUAUUGACGUGACGAAAUGAUCUGAUGCAGACUGACAAUGACGAUUUGUUAAAACUGUUUCUAAAUACAUGAGUUUGUUAA